AUUGUAUCAAUGGUCUGCACUUCGUUAUCUCUGUUAUGUCUUUUCAUUUCGUUUGUUGUGUAUUGUACAUUUCGACCAUUAAGGAGCUUGCCGGGUAAAAACAACAUGAAUCUCAUAGUAACCCUUUUUCUGGCACAGUUGCUGUAUCUUGUCGGAGCAGGUCGAACUGAAAUAGUAGGCGUCUGUGAAGCUAUGGCAAUAUUUAUCCAUUACUUUUGGCUCGCAGCGUUCUGUGCGAUGAAUGUG